GGACAGUACCUCCUGCAUUCCUCUGAAUCUCAGUUUGCCUCCAUCUGAAGACAAUCCAGCCGUCCAUCAUGACUUCUGCGAUGUCGUUGAGGAAUUACUCUGUGGCCCGCCAGCCGUCCUUCUCCAGCUUCUCCCUGAGGGACACAGGACUCUCUCGUUCACGGGCAUCCGUCUCUUUCGCCGCAGCCACCCCGCUGGCACGUUCAGCUUCCGUCAGCCAGGAUUUCAACGGGCCAAUCAGCCUCCAGGUGAACGGGCUGCAGGGCUUCAGCACCAAUGAGAAGGAAGCUAUGCAGAGUCUCAACAGCCGCCUGGCCAGCUAUCUAGACAAGGUGCGUUCACUGGAGAGCUCCAAUGCAGACCUGGAAAAGCAGAUCAAGCAGUUGAUGCUGGAACGCAUUCCCAAAGGUCACGACCUUGGUUCCAUGAUGGCCCAAGCUCAUGCUGUUGAGCAAGAGGCGAGGAAGAUGACUCUGGAAAAUGCUCGUCUCAUGUUGGAGAUUGAUAACGCUAAGCUGGCUGCUGAUGACUUCAGAAUCAAGUGGGAGACUGAGCUGGUGAUGUGUCAGUCUGUGGAGAGAGAUUGUGUUGCUCUGAAAAAGGCCAAAACCGACCACGAGCAGGUUAUCGCCACGCUGAGAGGAGAUCUGGACAGCCUGAAAGAAGAACUUUAUUUCCUCAAGAAAAACCAUGAGGAGGAACUCAAUCAGAUGAAGUCUCGUAUUGCGCAAGAUGAGGUGAACGUGGAGGUGGACUCGGCUCAAGGGCCUGACUUGGGCACCGUUCUGGCUGAAUUACGUACCCAGUAUGAGGGAAUUGUCCAGAAGAACAAGGAACAUGCUGAGCAGUGGUACCGCAAGAAGCUGGAUACAGUGCAGACUGAGGUGAAGGAGAGCAACGAGGCUCUGAGAGGAGCCCAGAGUGAGCUGACCGAGAGGCAGCGCUUCCUCCAGACUCUGGAGGUGGAACUGGAGAGUAUCCACAAACAGAUAGCAGCUUUGGAUCGUAACCUGGCCGACGCAGGUCACAAAUACUCUGGAGAGAUCGAGCAACUGCAGUCUCAUCUGAACCAGCUGGAGGACAACCUGUCCCAGCUAAGACUGGACAUGCAGCGCACCAAGACCGACUACGAGCAGCUGCUCCGCAUCAAGCAAAACCUGGAGAUGGAGAUCGCCACCUACAGGCGCCUGCUGGAAGGGGAAGAAGCAAUGAAAGAAGUUCCACCUCCACCAAAAAAAGAGCCUGAUGUUCGCACCAGGAAGAUAGUAAAGGUGGUGACGCAGACGAUGGUGAACGGUAAAGUGGUGGAUGAAUCCAGCGAAGUGGAGCAGUUUGAGGAAGACAAGAAAUAGAAACACAAGCCAGACAGAAAUAAAAAAUAAAAUAUGUAGAAGUCACAAAAUAAAUGGAGAAAUAAUGAAAAGAGGCUGAUGUUUCAUAGACAUUCACUGAGAUAAAUAGUUUUAAAAGUAAUAUUUUUGAGCAUAACUGUUUUGUUUUCUGAGAAAUCUACCUGUUAUCUAUAUCAGCUCCACUUUGAUUUUUGCUUUUCUAAAUAAAGCUCCUACAAAUUCAAAGCAUGUUAAGUGUUACAGUGUAGUUUGCAUACUAACACCAGUUUACAGUGAAUAUAGGUGUGUGUGAGAGACAUAUGAACUGAGUAAUAGUCAUACUCUUGUAGUAAAGUGGUGUUCUUCAACAAAUUUUUCUUCUGGUAACAUUACUGUAGCUGACGUAUAACAUACUCCUUAAAGUACAAUAUCACUGAAUAAUCUUUGCUGUUUUUGAGUUGGUACUGCAUGAAAAUCUGAAUAAAAGGGUUCUUUAAUCAUGUGA